CGCCCCCGACAUAACCGAUUAUCUUCUCCAGGAAAUGUUUCGCGCCCAUUACCCUUCCGUUCGCGGCGCCAAAGUCGUCAGCGACCCCAACACCGGCCGCUCCAAGGGUUACGGUUUCGUUAAGUUUUCUGAUGAGAAUGAACGGAACCGGGCCAUGACUGAAAUGAACGGCGUUUAUUGCUCCACCAGGCCCAUGCGAAUUAGUGCCGCUACGCCGAAGAAGACCACCAGUGUUUAUGCUGCACCCGCCGCGCCUGUGCCGAAACCGGUGUAUCCGGUUCCGGCCUACACUGCGCCGGUUGUUCAAGUUCAACCACCGGAGUAUGAUGUCAAUAAUACUGCCAUUUUUGUCGGUAAUUUGGAUCUUAAUGUGUCAGAGGAGGAGCUGAAGCAAAACUUUCUGCAAUUUGGGGAAAUUGUCUCUGUCAAAGUUCAGUCUGGCAAGGGAUGUGGUUUUGUUCAAUUUGGGACCAGCAGAGCAUCUGCUGAAGAAGCCAUUCAGAAGAUGCAGGAAAAGAUGAUAGGUCAACAAGUGGUCCGGAUUUCAUGGGGUAGGACUCUAACAGCUAGACAGGACUUACCUGGUGGCUGGGGACCACAGAUGGAUCCAAAUCAAUGGAGUGCCUAUUAUGGGUAUGGACAGGGUUAUGAAGCCUAUGCUUAUGGGGCUGCUCAUGAUCCCUCAUUUUAUGCAUAUGGUGCAUAUGCUGGCUAUGCACAAUACCCCCAACAGGUUGAAGGUGCUCAAGACCUAUCGGGUAUGUCUGUGCCUACCAUGGAACAAAGGGAGGAAUUGUAUGAUCCCUUGGCAAUGCCUGAUGUUGAUAAGUUAAAUGCUGCAUACCUCUCAGUACAUGGAAGUGCCAUUUUAGGGCGGUUGCCCUGGCAAAAAACCUGUUCGCCAUCCUUACAGCAAGCUUAAGAUCUAAUUGUACUGCCUGGUCAAUUAUGUGCAUUAUAUGACAAUAUUCUGUAGCCAUAAAUUUAGUCUGCAUAGAUUUAAAUUAUUGUUAAUACAUACUUGAGUUGAUCCCAGUACAUUUUUUCUUAAACCCAACUUUGCUGGUGUAAAGAAUGAAACCUAGAAUACAGGUACUCAGGUAGACUCAAGUAGUAUUCGAUCAAAUCAAUCCCAUUAUCCGUGCAUUUUGACCAUUGACAUGUUUAUGAAGCAGAGAAACUUCAACUUC